UCAAAAUCAACAAAUGAACUGUUUCUGAACGGGCGGUACGGGAACAUUCAGGGGACGUUCAGGGGAUCUCGCAGUGCGCAGUUUUGAUGACGAGAGGCCAGAUGCUGAUGCUGCGGUGGGAGGGCUUUCGCUCGAGGAGUAAGCUUUUUGCGCAUGCGCACAACUGUUGGCCCCCAUCCAUUCAUCACAUCUUUUGUCUGUGCAGAUUUACACGGCGAGUUUGACCGGACGAAAGGCAACUACGCGACGGUUUCUCUCAAGAUGACAUCACGUGUAGGUCCUAGAGCUGCAGGCACCAAUGGAAGUGACUUCUCUUUUAAACACAGAGAAAGGGGGACCCCACAAUACCAAAUGAGUGCUUCCCUGAAGGCGGAGGUGCGGAAGUUAAACUUGGUCCACUUUCUGAUCUGGCUGCUGGUUGCUGCACAGGUGACUGUCAGCCACUUCGACCUGGUGUCACAUGACAUAGUGUCCAUGCCGUACCAGUGGGAGUACCCCUACCUGCUCAGCUUUCUCCCUCUGGUCUGCAGCAGUCUGUCACUUCCAAGGAACAAUAUCAGUUACCUGGUCAUAUCCAUGAUCAGCGCAGGGUUGUUCACUGUGGCUCCUCUUAUCUACGGUGGAAUGGAGAUGUUUCCUGUCGCGCAGCAGCUUUACCGUCACGGAAAGGCCUACCGCUUCAUUUUUGGCUAUUCUGCAGUGACCGUCAUGUAUCUCAUCAUGGUGGUUGCUGUUCAAGUGCACGCCUGGCAGUUAUAUUACAUGAAAAAGCUGUUAGACUCAUGGUUCGAUGCCACUGAGGAGAAAAAGAAGAAAUAAUGGGAGUGAAAGAAUGUUGUGACUGGCCAAAACUGUAUUUUUACCUUAUUUUAUAAAUUAUGAGACUUAUUUAUGUCUAUUUAUUCAGUCAUAAAACAUGAAACAUACCUUAGAAAUCUGUGUUCUCUGACAUAUAAAUGUAAGACAGAGUAAAAUCUACAAUAUAUGUAAGACAGAGUAAAAUCUACAAUAUAUGCUGGAACCUGUUUAUCUUGUUUGUUUAUUUUUGUCACCAUUAUCGAUCAUAAGCAUCAUUAGAAUUAAAUUACCUUGCACCCUUUCAUCACUCUGUCUGGACUGCUACCUGACUACAAACAGAGACCGUGGUAAUUUAGGGACAGGACAUUGUUGUCAUCCCUAUUAAAAAUGUUGCCAUGAUUUGAACAGAAUGGAUGUAGAGGCAUUCAUUAGAGUAAAGGCAUAACUGUUCCAACAUAUAUAUAUAGUCCUUUGCAGGGAUUUUAAGCACUAUUCUUAUCCAUCAUGCGGGAUCGUCAGGGAGGCAUCUACAAGGAGUCCUGCAUCAGAUGGUUUGGCUCCAACAGAGGCCCCAUCUCAGUAUCAUUGAGUCAGUCUGGGAUUACGUGAAAAGAAGAUGAACAGAAGACAUCGAGGCAAAAUUCUUCAAGAUGCUUGAAACAGCCUACCUUGAAAAACGAGUGCGCCUUGUUUUAGUCGGAAUGCCUAACUCUGUUUUAGUUUUCUGCAAAUGUGCUUAUGUUUCCUCCUUUCAUUGAGUCUACCUAAUAACUUUUUUUCCCCCCCAGAAUACAUAAAAGUUAUUAAGAAGCUGUAUGUUUUCAGGUAUUUUAUUUCAACAUCAAAAAAGCCAGCUCAUCCAGCCUGUGCUCAUGAAUAAAAUAUGCACUGUAAACCAAAUAAAACAUACAUAUGAAUGCUCUUUAA